AUGCCUGAUGUGGUGCCGACCGCGUGCUGCGAGUGGUCGCUCAACGAAGAUGAAGAAUCAAAGCGAUACUUCUGGUGGAAUAACACGUACAGCAUUAGUAUUUGGAACAGCACCCUAAAACUCGAUCCACCGUAUCAGCAGCUGACGGACACUGACGUGUGGCGGGCGUUCAUUCAGUUCCAGGUUGAGUCUGUGUACAAGCUGUGCCCUAUCUGCCGUCAGCCGGAGGGCAACAAGGACAUGAAAGUGUGCUACUGCUGUGGGAGCACGGUGCAUUGCGGCUGCUCCAACGAGGCGACUGACGCGCAAAUAGCUUCGAAGCCGGCAAACCGCGGCUUCGAAUCCCAUCUCUGCGCGUGCUUCAGCUGCGAGGACGUGCCUAUUCCUGAGAUUGCAUCAGCAGUCCGUGAGCCGUGCGACGCGCGGCGUGCAUCUAUCCGUGCUCUUUCCAUCAAGGAGGAGUACCCGCAGUGCGUGGUCCAGGAGUUGCUGGCCGUUGCCAGCGCUGCGGAGCAGCCGCAUUCGGCGGCGGAGGACGCAAAACUUAUCGCAAGGCUGCGCCGCAUUGUCACGGGUUUCUUUCAGACGGAGGCCUCGUGCGCGUCUUUGACAAAGGCAAAGCGACCAGAAAAGGGCGGCGGCAUCGGUGUGGUAGCCGCAGCAGACAUCCCCGCCCACACGAUCAUCGGCGUCUACCCAGGCUAUACUGACGCACUGAGUGGGGAGCAGGCCAAGCUGGGGCGACCUAUUGCUAAGUACGCCCUGGUUGAUCUCAACUGCGCGGAUUAUUUUAACGUCGUCUUUGAAGAGCUGCAGGAUACAUUCACACCGUUUAUCAAUGAACCAAGCGAGUCUGAGGAGAGCAACUGCGGAUGGAUACAGGAGACAAAGCAUGUUGAGGGGCGACUAAGUGUCAUGACAGCACGCGACACCAAGAAGGGCGAGGAGCUUUUAAUAGGAUACGGGCCGAUGUAUCCACGGUCAUACCCUUACCGGUACGAUGCCUUUGCUUUUCACAAAACAGAUAGUGUAAGCGAAACAACAUGUUUUGCGCUCUGGCGUUGUGCGUCGGUCGAUGAGAAUGACACAAAAUUUCUGUAUUAUGUUGGCUACAAUGAGACAGACGACUUGUACUAUUUGUGGGAUACGGUAGACCCGGAGCGGGAGACCAAAGCCCAGGUCGACGGGAAUUUGACGUCGCAACGAAACAAAGAAAAAAAAAAGGCUUUAGUUGUGCUGCGGCAAGAGGCGAAGAAAAGAGAAACUCCACAAUUGAAGCAAAACAAGAACUAUAACCAGACAAAAAAAUAA